ACUCUUUGAAUAUGAGUUAACAAAAAUAUUUUUACAAUAAGAAAAAAAUUGAUAAGUUGAGCGAGGAUCGAGAAGAAGCCGAUGUCAGAUGUCCGAUGAGCAAAAGCUGGCCAGCUUUAUGAAGAAAUAUGGCGAACAAGAGGCGGUAGCACGCCAUUAUCUCGCUACCAACAAUUGGGCUCUGGAACAGGCCGGCCUCAAAUAUGAGGCGGACAGGUCCAAAGAGCGAGGCAGAAAUGUACCAGACCUUAAUUCUCUGCAGAGCCUUUUAAGUCGUCAGACGCUCACUAGGGCGACACCCCGAGAGGCUUAUCUCGGCGAUGUCUCCGAAAGUUCCGUGCGCCAACAACAUCAACAGUUGAAGCGGGUGCACAUUGAAGACUCAACACCAGCGCUGACCACAGCGGACAGUGAUCGCAGCUUGAGGGCUUGGGGACAUGGAGUAAGUUUGGGCAGCGCUCAUCCAAUUAUUCCGUUGCCGCCACGCGCCUCGGGCUCGGACUCCUCCGACCAAGAUGAGAAUGAGAGUGAGCAGAGUGUGGUGAUUUUGCAUUUGUGGAGCGAGGGAUUCACACUGGGCGAGGGCCCAUUGCGACUCUAUGAGAUACCAGAAAAUGAUCGAUUUUUACGUCGUGUUAUGCGCGGUGAUUUUCCAAAUGAGAUGCUGGAGCUCGGUCAGCGGAUGGAGCUGACUGUACGGGAUCACACGAAUACCUCUUAUCGCGAACUAUCGCGCAAGCAAUUCAUGGGCUUUGGUCGUGCCUUGUCCAGUCCUCCGUCCAGUUUGGUAACGGCUGACGGUGCGUUGUCACCGACGGAACAGCAACAGGAGCAGCAGCAACAGGAGCAGGAGCAGAGUGCAAUUGAUUCACUCCAGCUUAACAGACAAACUGGAAUGACAACAAUACAGUUUCGUCUCGCAGAUGGCAGCCGCAUUUCCGCUCAGUUUAAUACCACCCAUAAUGUGGGAGAUCUUUAUAGAUUUGUGCGAAUGGCGAGGCCCCAAUAUGCCAGUGAAAACUUUCUGCUCAUGACUGCAUUUCCACGAAACGAACUCAUUGAGACCGAUCAACGCCCCUUGGCGGAAACGAAUCUACUCAAUGUGGUCAUCAUCCAGCAUAUCAAUGAGCGAGAGGAUCCCCAACAAGUUGACCAAUCGACGGACUGAGAUUUUACAUUUUGAUUCAAAAUUAAUUCAGUUGCAGUUUCUCAAAUAUAUACAAAAAUUAUUUAAUAUUAAUAGAAUUCUAGAAUUGGAUCUCA